CGACUUAUCGAAAGCUCAAAAUCCACGCCAGGGUACACCAAGACGAAAACGGGCACCACAGGGCUGAGCCGGACAUCCUGUCGCGUAAAAUGGAAUAAGUGCAUGGAUGGUCGAGAUCGACCAACCGUCAGUGAAUGUGACGAUUUCAUUAGAAGAAAGUAUGAAUGUCCGCCGCCUGUUCUGGAUCCCGAACCUGAUCGAGAUUCGGGACGAGCUUCUAAUAAAAAUGCGAAGGAUGACGAUUUUGAGGAUCCGAUACGUUCAGGACCUACACUAAGAAAGCCUUCGAGGGGAGAUGAAGAUCGUGGGGAAUCUGGGGAUGACGAAAAGAUUGGCAAAUAUCGAGAUCGAGGAAAAGAUAGGGAAAGCUACCCGAAAAAGAAGAAACGCCCCCCUCCUCCUUCCGACUCGAUCGAAGUAGACCAGAAAACAAAAACCACAUCAGACUCAACAAGUUCCAAGUACGAGAAAAGUAUUGGACCAUCACGUGACCGAGAUCGUGACCGUCAAAGUGACCGUGGUCAAGAACGUGACCGCGAAGCUGACCGUGACCGUGAAACCGACCGUGGCAAAGACCGUGACCGAGAAAGCGACCGUGGCAAAGACCGUGACCGAGAAAGCGACCGUGGCAAAGACCGUGACCGAGAAAGCGACCGUGGCAAAGACCGUGACCGAGAAAGCGACCGUGGCAAAGACCGUGACCAAGAAAGUGACCAAGAAAGUGACCGUGACAAAAACCGUGACCGCGACCCUGACCGUGAGAGAACUCGUGAUCCUGACCGUGACCGGCCCCGUGAUGAUCGUGACCGUCCACGUGAGCGUGACCGACCCCGUGACCGGGAUCGCGAUGACCCCCCAGAUGACGACGAAUUAGUUCGAAGACGUGACCGUGUGAAGAAAGAAAAGCAGAAGGUUUUCGUAAAAGAAGAUCUCAUAGAAUUGGAUGAAAAACCCGUGGAACCUGAGAAAAAUAAGACCGCUGUUACCAUAGCGACCACUCCAGCGCCAGUGGUUGCUCCUGCUGCACCCGCACCAGUGCCCCCACCUCCUCCACCCCCUCCACCACCACCAGCGCCAGCCGGUGGUGGUGGUGCCGCACCCAUUCCUCCCGUCCCUGCAAUCCCCGCACCUCCCGCUAUGACAACCGCAGAUCAAAAGAAAGCUGUUCAUGCCGCAGUAGCUAAAGUUUUAGAAUCUGGUUUAUUUUAAUUAAUAUCAAUAUUUUUUUUUACUUUCCGCCAAAAAUAGAUCUAGCACCUUGAUCUUUUAUUGUUCGAAACCGUAAUGAAUUUCCUUAGGUAACAGUGUGACUAUCAAAAUAAAGAACGCCACAAAAUGCA